UCUCUCUCUCUCUCUCUCUCUCUCUCUCUCUCAAACGAAACCAAUAGCUUGGAACAGCGAUGGCGGACACUCUGAGCGCUCUGAGGUCUUUAAUGGCGUCUCACUCUCCUCCUCUUGACGCCUUGGUUGUUCCUUCCGAAGAUUACCACCAGAGCGAGUAUGUUUCCGCCAGUGACAAAAGACGUGAAUUCGUUUCCGGCUUCACUGGAAGUGCCGGUUUGGGGCUUAUAACGAAGAAUGAAGCACGGCUCUGGACAGAUGGCCGCUACUUUUUGCAGGCAACACAGCAACUUAGUGACCAGUGGCAGCUUAUGCGAAUGGGAGAAGAUCCUGCUGUAGAUGUCUGGAUGGCUGAUAAUCUCCCUGAAGGUUCGGCCAUUGGUAUAGAUCCUUGGUGUGUAUCGAUAGACACUGCACAGAAAUGGGAGCGUGCUUUUGUCAAGAAACAACAGAAGUUGGUUCAAACUUCCAUAAAUUUGGUGGAUGAAGUUUGGAAAAGUCAGCCCCCUCCUGAAAUUAAUCCUGUAGUUAUUCAUCCUUUGGAAUAUGCUGGUCGUUCUGUAGCAGAUAAGUUGAAGGAUGUGAGAAAAAAGCUCGUCCAAGUGAAAGCUCAUAGUAUAAUCAUCUCCGCACUUGAUGAGGUUUGCUGGUUGUAUAAUAUCCGUGGCACUGAUGUUGCUUACAGUCCUGUUGUUCAUGCCUUUGCCAUAGUUACUCUGAACUCAGCGUUCUUCUAUGUGGACAAAAGGAAGGUUUCAUCCGAGGUAAACUCAUACUUGGAAACAAACGGAAUUGAAGUUCGGGACUAUAAAGUUGUGAGCUCAGAUGUCAGCUCGCUUGCAUCUAAUGAGCUUAAGCCUUCAAUUCAAGCCAAGGGAACUGAAACUGAAACAGCAGGAAAUGGUACAAUAAAAGCUGAAGAAAGUAAUAAUGACCUCAUAUGGGCUGACCCUGGUUAUUGUUGUUAUGCAUUGUAUUCAAGGCUAAACCCUGACAAGGUUCUCUUGCAGCAGUCACCUUUGGCCCUUGCAAAAGCUCUGAAGAACCCAGUUGAGUUGGAAGGGUUAAAAAAUGCUCACAUUCGAGAUGGUGCGGCUGUUGUGCAAUAUCAUGUCUGGUUGGAUAAACAGAUGCAGGAGAUGUACGGUGCCUCUGGUUUCUUUUUGGAGGAGGAAACAGAUAAGAAAAAACACUCGAAAACUGCAAAACUAACUGAGGUGACUGCAAGCGAUAAGUUGGAAGGCUUCCGAGCAUCAAAAGAGAAUUUUAGAGGAUUAAGCUUCCCUACUAUUUCCUCGGUUGGCCCAAAUGCUGCCAUUAUCCAUUAUUCACCAGAAGCAGAGACCUGUGCUGAGUUGGAUCCAGACCGCAUAUAUCUUUUUGACUCUGGAGCACAGUAUCUGGAUGGAACAACUGACAUAACACGAACAGUUCAUUUUGGGAAACCUUCAACUCAUGAGAAAGCAUGCUAUACCGCAGUCCUCAAAGGUCACAUUGCUCUAGGGAAUGCUCAUUUUCCUAAUGGAACCAAUGGCCAUGCCCUGGACAUUCUGGCUCGAGUUCCUUUGUGGAGGUAUGGUCUCGAUUAUCGACAUGGUACUGGUCAUGGGAUUGGAUCUUACCUAAAUGUUCACGAAGGACCCCAUCUAAUUAGUUUCAGACCUCGCAAUGUCCCACUGGAAGAUUCUAUGACUGUAACAGAUGAACCUGGAUAUUAUGAGGAUGGGAAUUUUGGUAUAAGAUUGGAGAACGUGCUUAUAAUCAAGAAAGCUGAUACAAAAUUCAAUUUUGGUGACAAGGGCUACUUGCAAUUUGAGCACAUAACAUGGGCACCCUAUCAGAGGAAGUUAAUUGAUGUAAGUCUUUUAACACCCGAAGAGUUGGAAUGGCUGAACACCUACCAUUCCAAAUGUAGAUCUAUUCUGGACUCGUACUUGGAUGAAUCUGAGAAGGCAUGGCUGAAGAAAGCCACUGAACCCAUCAGUGUGUGAGCUGCAUUCUCAUUCUGUCAGAACAAAAUUGUAAGCUUGUUAUGUGUUCAUAUUGAAUUAGAAAAAGUGCAAAUGGUAUAGUUGAUAUGUUAUGUUUUAAAAAUUAAAUGGAAAACUUGCUUCAUUCUAUUGCGAUGAUUAUUUAUUCCUCUAUUAUGU